CCUGGGCCCGGUGGUAUGGGUGCAAGGUGAGGAGAGAGCGGGCGUCAUCAGUUCCCCCUGCCCGUGGUGCCAAAUCGGCGACAGACGGAAUACAGCGGGACCCCCGGAGGGAGCCAGGUGACCGCAGGCAGCCAUGGCAGAAUGCACGGAGCUGGAAUGGGCCGUCCAGGUGCUGGUCAACAACUUUGACAAAUACUCGAGCCGCCGCUGCUGCUGCAAGAAGCCGCGGCGCAUCAGCAAGAAGGAUUUCCGCAAGAUGCUGAGCUGCGAGCUCAACCACAUGCUGACGGACACCGGGAACCGCCGAGCGGCUGACAAGCUCAUCUGCGACCUGGAUGAGAACAAAGACGGGCGCAUCAGCUUCGAGGAGUACUGGACCUUGAUAGGCGGCAUCGCCAGCCCCAUCGCCCAAAUCAUCCGCCAGCAGGAGCAGAGCGUCAAGCACACCAAGUAGCCGGACACAUCUGGACCCCCCCACCACCCCCUCCCCACCGGGCUCAGCCCCCCCACUCCCACCCCCUGGGUUGAGCCCCUGCUUCUCCACGGCGCCCCGCUUCUCGCCUCUCCCGCUGUCGAGCUCUGCCCCGAGCCCCAGUUUGCCCCAGGGCACCCCGGUCUCCCACGGCUUUGCCGACCGAGCCAUGCCAGGGUGCCGUCGGGGCGGGCAGGCCCCGUGGGUGGGAGCUGGAGGGGUGCGAGGCCACCAGAGCCUCGGGGCAUUCCUCCUCGCCCCACGCCAUGCCAUCCUUGCCAUCGCUUUCUCAAACCCUGUCCUUGCUGGGCUGCUGGGCCAGAAGCCAAGGGAGAGGCUUCCCCUCAUCUAGGACACAAAUACUGUCUGUUCUCAGACCUCUGGGUCACAGCCCCACUGGCAGAAAACCCAUCACAACUGGGACGCCCCUCCCCUUGGAGCUCCCCCUCAAAGUUUGGGGGGGUUUUUCUUGGGAAAAGGGUGUCUUUCCCCCUGCCCAAGCUGGUGGAGGGUCUGCCCUGCCUGCGCUGCCUGGUGCUCUGCUCCUUCGGGCUUGGGGAGUGGCGCGGUCCCGUCCGGGCAACACCACCGUGGUUAUUUAUUGAGGCAAUAAAAUUUGGAGGAGCA